AUGUCCAACACGGCGGACAGCUCGCGCAUUCCGGCGCUGAUGACGUUGAUGGGAUACCACAGCGACGCGAUCACGGCGAAGAACGUCGCGGGAAUCCGACAGACGUUCGCCGCGGCACGCACAGCGCAAGCCCAGGCGAUCACGCAGCCCCAGGGCGUCGUGCGGGCCACGCUCGCGCCGCCCAGUGAGGCGGUGGCGCCCAUCACCAACGCUGCGGCCGCUGCGCCGGCGCCGGGGCCGGGCGCGGCCGCGAGCGCCCCCGUGCGACGGGUUUCGUCGUCAGUGUACCCGUCGUCCGCCCCGAGCCACGCAGUCCCCCCCUCCCGCGCGAUGUCGGGCAUCCCAGGCAACGUGCGCCUCAACGUCGUCAACGUCGACCGCGCGGCGGCCAAGGGGGGCAUGGCGUCGUCGAUGGCGAUCGGGACGUCGCGGCUGCGCGCCCAGGAGGACUUCGUCCCGCUGGCGCUGGAUCUGCAAGCCAUCGCCAACAGCUCCACGGGGGGCAACGGCCUGCCGCGGCCGUACGGGCGCUUCCUCGCGCCGCGCGAAGGCAACGGCCUGGCGAUCUGGGAGCGCCUGCCCCCGCACCUCCAGCGGCCCGAUUCGCCGACGGAGACGCCGAUGGCGGACGAGGCGGCGAUGCAGGCGCGCAACGUCACGCGGUUCAACGUCCAGCGCGGGGCGUACAACGCCCUCAACGCGCGCACGGACCUGUACGAAAUCCCCAUGGGACACAUGCCGGGCGGAAAGGACGUCCUCACAAAGUGGGAGGGCGACCUGCGCGAACGGGACCGCUUUUCUCGGAAACGUCCGGAUCCGUCGCAGCUCGCGAACCCGCGGCAGGGCUACACGUCGGACCUCCUGCGCCGCCCGGGCAAGUCGGCGAGCGAUGGGAGCAUGGGCGUGCGCACCGCGAAGGACAUUGGUGCGGGCGCGACGUUCCUGGUGCAGGUGCCCGAGGAGAUGCCGCACUCGGUGCGCGUGGACGACAGCAGGGACUUCGAGCGGGCGUUCCUGCAUCCGCUGCGGGGGUUCCAGAAGGGGCGCAAGGUGAAAAAGCAGAUACUGAUCGAAGACACUCUCAAGAGUGUCAGCUGA